UGUCAUUUGUCAAUGGUCAAUGCCAGUUGCCAAUACAAUUUACAAAUUACGUUUUGGAAAUAACACUGAAAAAGAGAUAAUAACUUCUUGACGCAUCUCCUGCUCAGGUGGUUAAGUAUAGAAAAAUGUUUCGAAAUUCUUUACGAUUCGUUCGAGCAGGCCGUCAAUGCAGCCGAAUAUGUCUAGCCGCUGUAACCAGGUAUCGCGAUGUAAGGGCAUUUAGUGGCUUUGGACUUAAAAAUACUGAAAUGAAAUUGAAUGAACGGAAACCGUUGUUGAAUACUUGCAACUGUCGGUCGAUGUUUAUCCAGACUCAAGAAACACCUAACCCUAAUAGUUUGAAGUUUCUGCCCGGUACUCAAGUGUUGGAACCAGGGACGACACUAGAUUUUCCAAACAUUGGUGCAGCUGCUUGCAGUCCUUUAGCAAAAAUGAUCUUCCGUAUUGAUGGCGUAAAAGGUGUAUUCUUUGGGUCUGAUUUUAUAACUGUCACUAAACAAGAUGAUGAUGUUGAAUGGAAAGUUCUAAAGCCAGAUAUUUUUGCAACUAUUAUGGACUUCUUUGCAAGUGGAUUGCCUAUAGUUACAGAUGCAAAGCCCUCAGGAGAUACACAAAUCAAUGAAGAUGACGAUGAAGUGGUUCAAAUGAUCAAGGAAUUGUUGGAUACACGAAUAAGACCGACAGUGCAAGAAGAUGGUGGGGAUGUAUUAUUUGUUGACUUCAAAGAUGGAGUAUUGAGACUUAAAAUGCAGGGGUCAUGUUCCUCUUGUCCAAGUUCAAUAGUCACCUUAAAAAAUGGAGUACAAAAUAUGAUGCAAUUCUAUAUUCCUGAAGUAUUGGCAGUUGAGCAAAUAGAUGAUGAGGGUGAAAAAUUAAGUGAGAAGAUCUUUAAAGAGUUUGAACAAAUCAAGAAGAAGGAAAAGCAAGAAUCUGAAUAAAAACGAGAUAUUAGAAGUAGUAAAAAAAAUUAUUUCUCAAUGUGUUUUAAAUAGUGUAUAUUAAUAAAUAUUGCUUGUAUUAUA